CGGGGAUUAUGACGUCGACGCCUCCCCCCCACACAACUGCUGAAAAUGGUUUCCUAGGACUUUGCAAACGGAUCUGCCUAAGUGUUGGUGCAAAACUUUGUAGAUCUCGGCUCUGGCUUGCUUUAUUUAUUUAUUUUUUGGUUUGUUUUCUUUGGUCUUCCCUCCUCCCUCCCCUCCGCCAAAAUGCAGGGGGCAGGAGUGUUGACAAUUAAUUGGUGAACUCUCCUAAAAAAAUGGAGGCAGAGAAAGACUCUGGAAGAAGAUUGCGUCCGAUUGACCGCCAGAGAUACGACGAGAACGAGGACUUGUCGGACGUGGAAGAGAUCGUCAGCGUCCGCGGCUUCAGCCUGGAGGAGAAGCUGCGCAGCCAGCUGUACCAGGGGGACUUCGUGCACGCCAUGGAGGGCAAAGAUUUCAACUAUGAGUACGUACAGAGAGAAGCUCUCAGGGUACCCCUGAUAUUUCGAGAAAAGGACGGACUAGGAAUUAAGAUGCCUGACCCUGAUUUCACAGUUCGGGACGUCAAGCUCCUCGUGGGGAGCCGGCGACUGGUGGACGUGAUGGACGUGAACACCCAGAAGGGCACGGAGAUGAGCAUGUCCCAGUUCGUGCGCUAUUACGAGACGCCCGAGGCCCAGCGGGACAAGCUGUACAACGUCAUCAGCCUGGAGUUUAGCCACACCAAGCUGGAGCACCUGGUCAAGCGUCCCACCGUGGUGGAUCUGGUGGACUGGGUCGACAACAUGUGGCCCCAACACCUGAAGGAGAAGCAGACUGAGGCCACCAAUGCCAUUGCAGAGAUGAAGUACCCCAAAGUGAAGAAGUACUGUCUGAUGAGUGUGAAGGGCUGUUUCACUGACUUCCACAUCGACUUCGGAGGCACUUCUGUGUGGUACCAUGUGUUCCGGGGAGGGAAGAUCUUUUGGCUGAUCCCACCGACCCUGCACAAUUUGGCUCUGUAUGAGGAGUGGGUGCUGUCAGGCAAGCAGAGUGACAUCUUUCUGGGAGACCGUGUGGAGCGAUGCCAAAGAAUUGAACUGAAACAGGGCUACACAUUUUUCAUCCCUUCUGGUUGGAUCCAUGCAGUCUACACCCCUGUAGACUCCCUGGUGUUCGGUGGAAACAUCCUGCACAGCUUUAACGUGCCCAUGCAGCUGCAGAUCUACGAGAUCGAGGACAGAACCCGGGUGCAGCCCAAGUUCCGGUACCCCUUCUACUAUGAGAUGUGCUGGUAUGUCCUGGAGAGAUACGUGUACUGCGUGACCCAGCGCUCCUACCUCACUCAGGAGUACCAGAGAGAGUCCAUGCUCAUUGAUGCCCCACGGAAGGCCAGUGUAGACGGCUUCUCGUCCGAUUCCUGGCUGGAGAUGGAGGAGGAGUCCUGUGAGCAGCAGCCCCAGGAGGAGGAGGGGGAGAAGGAGGAGGAGGGGGAUGGCUUGGAGAAGGCGCCCAAGCCUUGCCCUGAUGGCCCUGCCUCGCCCGGCGGCACCCCGUCCGAGGAGCAGGAGACCCCAGGGAAGAAGCCCAAGGCACCCGCCACGCACUUCUUCAAAAGGACUUUGUCGAACGAGUCGGAGGACAGCGUCAAGUCGGCCACCGUGCCCGGCGACUACCCGAAGACGCCCACUGGCUCGCCCGCCACUGAGGUGUCUGCCAAGUGGACCCACCUCACCGAGUUUGAGCUGAAGGGGCUGAAGGCCCUGGUGGAGAAGCUCGAGUCCCUCCCUGAGAACAAGAAGUGUGUCCCUGAGGGCAUCGAGGACCCCCAGGCACUCCUGGAGGGCGUGAAGAAUGUCCUGAAGGAACAUGCAGAGGAUGACCCCAGCCUGGCCGUUACUGGAGUCCCUGUGGUCAGUUGGCCAAAGAAGACUCCAAAGGCUCCUGUGGACAGAUCGGCGAGCAGGCUGGCCAUCCAAAUCAUACCUGCCUGCUGUGGAAUCCGAUUGGAGCCAAGAAUACAAAAUCCGCACUCUCUGAACCGGGCAGUGGGUCGGCCCAAGGGGAAGCUGGGCCCAUCCUCCACAGUGAAAUUGGCUGCCAACCGAACGACAGCAGGAGCUCGCAGGCGCCGGACGAGAUGCCGCAAGUGCGAGGCGUGCCUGAGGACAGAGUGUGGAGAGUGCCACUUCUGCAAGGACAUGAAGAAGUUCGGGGGCCCCGGGCGGAUGAAGCAGAGCUGCAUCAUGCGGCAGUGCAUUGCGCCAGUGCUGCCCCAUACCGCUGUGUGCCUUGUGUGUGGCGAGGCAGGGAAGGAGGACACAGUGGAAGAGGAGGAAGGCAAGUUCAACCUCAUGCUCAUGGAGUGCUCCAUCUGCAAUGAGAUCAUCCACCCUGGCUGCCUUAAGAUUAAGGAGUCAGAGGGUGUGGUCAACGACGAGCUUCCAAACUGCUGGGAGUGUCCGAAGUGCAACCACGCUGGCAAGACCGGGAAAGCCUACAAGCAAAAGCGUGGCCCUGGCUUUAAGUAUGCCUCCAACCUGCCCGGCUCCCUGCUCAAGGAGCAGAAGAUGAACCGGGACAACAAGGAAGGGCAGGAGCCUGCCAAGCGGAGGAGUGAGUGUGAGGAGGCGCCCAGGCGCAGGUCGGACGAGCACCCCAAGAAGGUGCCGGUGGACAGCAUCCUGCGCCGAAAGUCGGAUGAUGUGCACCUGAGGAGGAAGCGGAAAUAUGAGAAGCCCCAGGAGCUGAGUGCACGCAAGCGAGCCUCGACGCUUCAAACGUCCCCCGGUUCCUCUCACCUCUCGCCGAGGCCCCCUCUAGGCAGCAGCCUCAGCCCCUGGUGGAGAUCCAGUCUCACUUACUUCCAGCAGCAGCUAAAGCCUGGCAAAGAAGAUAAGCUUUUCAGGAAGAAGCGGAGGUCCUGGAAGAACGCUGAGGACCGGAUGCCACUGGCUACGAAGCCCCUGCGGCGCUUCAAGCAGGAGCCAGAGGAUGAUUUGCCUGAGGCGCCCCCCAAAAGCAGGGACAGUGACCACUCACGCUCUAGCUCGCCCACCGCAGGGCCCAGCACGGAGGGGGCCGAGGGCUCGGAGGAAAAGAAGAAAGUGAAGAUGCGCCGGAAACGGCGGCUUCCCAAUAAGGAGCUGAGCAAGGAGCUGAGCAAGGAGCUCAACCAUGAGAUCCAGAAAACAGAGAGCAGCCUGGCCCAUGAGAACCACCAGCCCAUCAAGUCAGAGCCCGAGAGCGAGAAUGAGGAGCCCAAGCGGCCGCUGGGCCACUGUGAGCGGCCCCACCGCUUCAGCAAGGGGCUCAACGGCACCCCCCGGGAGUUGCGGCACCCGCUGGGCCACGGCCUGCGCAGCCCGCCCCGGGUCAUCUCCCGGCCCCCACCCUCUGUGUCCCCGCCCAAGUGCAUCCAGAUGGAGCGCCACGUGAUCCGCCCGCCCCCCAUCAGCCCCCCACCUGACUCGCUGCCCCUGGACGAUGGGGCGGCCCACGUCAUGCACAGGGAGGUGUGGAUGGCCGUCUUCAGCUACCUCAGCCACCAAGACCUGUGUGUCUGCAUGCGGGUCUGCAGGACCUGGAACCGCUGGUGCUGUGAUAAGCGGUUGUGGACCCGCAUCGACCUGAACCACUGCAAGUCCAUCACGCCCUUGAUGCUCAGUGGCAUCAUUCGGCGCCAGCCCGCCUCCCUUGACCUCAGCUGGACCAACAUUUCUAAGAAGCAGCUGAGCUGGCUCAUCAACCGCCUGCCUGGGCUCCGAGACUUGGUGCUGGCAGGCUGCUCCUGGAUCGCAGUCUCUGCGCUCUGUAGCUCCAGUUGUCCGCUGCUCCGGACCCUGGAUGUCCAGUGGGUAGAAGGGCUCAAGGACGCCCAGAUGCGGGAUCUCCUGUCCCCGCCCACAGAUAACAGGCCAGGUCAGAUGGACAAUCGGAGUAAGCUCCGGAACAUCGUGGAGCUGCGCCUGGCAGGUCUGGACAUCACAGAUGCCUCCCUGCGGCUCAUCAUCCGCCACAUGCCCCUGCUCUCCAAGCUGCACCUCAGUUAUUGUAACCACGUCACAGACCAGUCCAUCAACCUGCUCACUGCGGUUGGCACCACCACCCGGGACUCUCUGACCGAGAUCAUCCUGUCAGACUGCAAUAAGGUCACUGAUCAGUGCCUGUCCUUCUUCAAACGCUGUGGGAACAUCUGCCAUAUUGACCUGAGGUACUGCAAGCAAGUCACCAAGGAAGGCUGUGAGCAGUUCAUUGCUGAGAUGUCCGUGAGUGUCCAGUUCGGGCAAGUCGAAGAAAAACUCCUGCAGAAACUGAGUUAGUCCAAGGAUAAGCGUGUAAAUACGGGGCAGGGCGGGGAGUGGUGGCAGGGAAAGACGCUAUAGCCACGGAGGGCUUUGUUUCCCACUGGAACUCUGGACCGGGAUUGCAGGCGACAGCGAUUCCGUGUGCAGGUCUCGCCCAGGGAGAGGCGACCCACCCCUCGCCGGCAAGUGAGGGGCGCCUGCUCUGCUCUGUGUGGUGACCACACUGCUCUCCGGACCACUUCUCAGGCAGCCUUGGGACGAGACGCUCUGGUCAGGGGAGGAGGGCUCACGUGGGCAAGGGGUUGGGGGUUGCUUUGGUGGUGUUUUUGUUUGGACACCCAGUUCCUUGCAAGGUUGAGGGUUUUGGUGUCAACAUAAUGUGGACCACACGCCACAUCUGCGGCCAUCCUGACACAUUUUGUUUGGUUUUGUUACAUCUUACAUUAUGCAGAACUAUUUUUGUACAAAUUGUUUAAAAGUUAUUUAUGCAAGGUUUGAAUGCAUACCAGUGUUUUUAUUGUCUUGAGAUUGCCAACCUUCCUGGUUUCCUUCAGGUAGGAGAGAACUCAACCUGUACUUCAUCGACACAGAUGUGCCCAGACCUGAGCUGGUGGGCAAGUCUUCCACUUAAAAGCAUGUUUAGCUGGAAGCCAGAGCCCGCUGUACACAUCAGGAAGCCACACAAGCAUGUUGUGGAUAGAUGUCAGUUAUAGUCAAAGUAAGACACGUUGUUGCCAAGUUUCCUCCAUAGAGAAGUCACUUUUCUCUCAAGAUUUUACAAUUGAAACUUCAGCCUUUGUACUCAGGAGGGGUUUGCUCCAGCAUGAGCUCUUGUACCUCACAUCGAGCUAAUUUAUCCUGUGAGUCAAGGAGUAGAAUAAAUGUGCCCACAAGGCGCUUCUUUUCCUUUGGUCCUCCCCUUUGAAGUGAGUUGAGUUCUCACUUAGGUUCGUGAGCUGGCUGUUUGCUAGUUGUGAAGUUCUGCAUUCAUAAGUGCCAUUGUCUAUGGUGGUGUUUCCUAGACCUUCCCCAAUGCGGUUUUACCUUUGUUGAAUUUGUAUAAACAAUUGUACAAAAAA